AGAUAUUAAUUAUUACUGAUCAAUCCAUCAGAAAGCCAAUUUUACAUUCCCUGCUUUAACUUAUUUCUUUUUCAUUUCUAUUUUUAAUCUGAUUGAUUUCCCACAUUUUCCUAAUCUUCUUAUCAACAGCACUAAAAACGUUGUUUUCUUUCUGGGAAAAUAUAGUUUUAAACCGAAGUUUGGAAGCUCUAAUCUGAAAUUCAAAGAGAUGCCCAGUUCUCGUCCUACCAUUGUAAAGAUACCCAUCUUUUUGUUAGAUCCAAUUUCGUUCAGAAACGACGAGCUUUAGGAUCGUGGAUUUGGGUGUAGAUCUUGGGUGGGUUUUGGUGUGAGAUGGAUUUUGGAUGGAAAUAUUGGGAACCCAUUUCGAGAAAUUGUUGCCCUACUUUGGAUUUGUGCCUGUUUGAUGGGACUUGACUAGUAUUGCUAUUGUUUGUAGAGUUUUAAGUGUUUUGUUGGAGCAGAUUUUCACCGCUUUGGUUGUGAGAGAAGAAAAAAUAAUAAAAAAAAGGCAUGUUUUGGAGGGAACGUGAGAGGGAUAACAAAGAGCUUAAUGGGGGACCUCCUUGUGGGCAGGUUAGAGUUCUUGUUGUUGGUGAUUCAGGUGUGGGGAAAACUUCUCUUGUUCAUCUGAUUGUCAAAGGCUCUUCCACUGCUCACCCCCCUCAAACUAUUGGAUGCACAGUUGGUGUGAAGCAUACCACAUAUGGUAGUCCUGGUAGCUCUUCAAGUAGCUUAAAAGGGGACACUGAGAGAGAUUUCUUCAUUGAACUCUGGGAUGUGUCGGGACAUGAGCGAUACAAAGAUUGUCGGUCUCUUUUUUAUUCACAAAUUAAUGGUGUUAUUUUUGUUCAUGAUCUUUCUCAACGGCGAACAAAAACAAGCCUGCAGAAGUGGGCAGCUGAGAUUGCAGCAACUGGGACAUUUUCAGCUCCUCUAGGUUCUGGAGGUCCUGGGGGACUUCCUGUCCCAUAUAUUGUUAUUGGUAACAAAGCUGAUAUUGCUGCUAAAGAGGGUACGAGAGGUAGCAGUGGCAAUCUUGUUGAUGUAGCUCGUCAGUGGGUUGAGAAGCAGGGUUUGCUUCCAUCUAGUGAAGAGCUUCCACUGACUGAGAGUUUUCCUGGCAGUGGAGGCCUAAUUGCAGCUGCGAAAGAUGCAAGAUAUGACAAGGAAGGUGUAAUGAAAUUUUUUCGCAUGUUGAUCAGGAGAAGAUAUUUUUCAGAUGACUUACCAACCCCAAAUACAUGGUCCAUAUCUCCUGCUCAGAGACCUUCUCAACGUUUAGAUGAAAAUUCCAGUGAUGAUGAUCAGUUGUACAAGCGUACAAGUUUGAGUGGCGACCCUUAUAAUUACAACAUGCUUCCUCCCUUACCAGCUCAGCGCAAUCUGACUCCACCUCCCACGCUUUACCCUCAACAGCCAGUUUCAGUGACUGAGAAUUACAGCCUCCCAAGAUUCUCCUUUAGUGGCUCCCAAGAAAUCAGCAGCAGCACUAGAUCAAAGCGUGCAGAUAUUAAUGUCUGAUGUAAUAUCGUUUCCAAUGUUUGCUACAAAACAAUCACCAUUGCUGAGAGGGAGAAAUGUUGUGUUUAUUCUUUGCUCCAUAUUUUUUCCCUAUUCGUUUUGCUUGUAAAACUGGCAUGCCAAUUCUUUUAUAUUCACAGUUACCCUCUAGUAGCAGGGGUUUCUGGGUUUUACAGUUUUACUGGAUUUGUAAUUCUUGAUUGUUUACCCCCAAAAUUAUAGGCGAUUCUUUACAAUUUACUAAAAAAAUUAAAAAAAAAAUAUUUACCAACUUUAGCAUAAGUGAAUUAUCUGUAAAUAUAAUUGUAGAGCAAGCUUUCUUAGUUUUAGCCUUAAGUUUUUCUCUGCACUUACCUAUAUAAAUAUAUU